CUUGUUGUCCGUUCUUCACAACCACCACCACUUCAUCCCUCCCUUGCUGACAUCCCAUUAUUCUUCAUCGCUUCCGCAUCCUUGGCCCGUUCGACACGGCCUUCUGCUGCCUUUUUUUAAUUUUCCCACAUCUCUCUCCCCGUCACAGCUUUGUUGCCUGAACGCAACCGCUGACAAAGCCGCGACGAACAUCCCAAUUCACCUCCCUCACCACUUUCGUCACCACACAUCUCUUCCCCGUGUGUACUUUCCCAGCCCCCCACCCACCGGUCUUUCACCACAUCAGGCGCCGCAAGCAGCCGCUUCAUGCCAUCGUCACGGUAAACAGAACAAAUUUCGAAUUCAGAGAUCUGGGCUGCUUGUGACAAAAACGCAGGCACAUUGCCGUGCGACAAGACUGAUGAAAGAUGGUGGAAAUUGAACACGGAACUCCCACGUGGAAGUUCACGCAAUGUUUUGGCGACAAGGGGGAUGUCGAAGAUAUCACAGAGGCCGACAUCAUUUCCACGGUCGAGUUUGACCACACAGGAAACUAUCUGGCGACUGGUGACAAGGGUGGUCGCGUUGUGUUGUUUGAACGAAAUGAGACGAAAAAGACUUGCGAGUACAAAUUCCACACCGAGUUCCAGUCACACGAACCCGAGUUUGACUAUCUCAAGUCCCUGGAGAUAGAGGAGAAAAUCAACAAGAUCAAAUGGUGCAAGCGUCAAAAUGCCUCCCACUACCUUCUGUCCACCAACGACAAAACCAUCAAACUCUGGAAGGUGUUUGAAAAAUCCCUGAAAGUGGUGGCAGAGAACAACCUCUCGACGGACUUGACCCCUGGUGGAGUGGGAGGUGGUGGUGCCCCUCGCCCAACCCACACUCACUUCAAGGACGCUUCGCAGUUGAAGCUCCCUAGGUUGACUCAUCAUGAUACCGUCGUAGCGGCUGUGCCUCGACGAACUUAUGCCAACGCCCAUGCAUAUCACAUCAAUAGCAUCUCCGUCAACAGCGAUGGGGAGACCUUCAUUAGCAGUGACGACCUGCGCAUCAACUUAUGGAACCUCAACAUCCAAGACCAAAGCUUUAAUAUCGUCGACAUUAAACCUGCUAACAUGGAGGAGCUCACAGAAGUCAUCACUGCCGCAGAGUUCCAUCCGAUAAGCUGCAACUGGUUCAUGUAUGCCAGCUCCAAAGGCACAAUUAAACUCGCCGACAUGCGCGAGAGCGCACUUUGUGAUCAACACGCAAAGCAAUUCGAGCAAGAAGAAGACCCUUCAUCACGAUCCUUCUUUUCCGAGAUCAUCUCCUCAAUCUCCGAUGUCCGCUUCUCACAUGAUGGCAGAUAUAUUCUUUCAAGAGACUAUUUGACUGUCAAGAUCUGGGAUGUGAAUAUGGAAAGACAACCUGUGAAGACGAUACCGAUCCACGAACAUCUGAGACCCCGCCUGUGUGAUACCUACGAAAAUGACAGCAUUUUUGACAAAUUCGAAGUGGUCUUCAGCGGCGAUGGCAGCAACGUAAUGACUGGAAGUUACAACAACAAUUUCAUGAUCUAUCCAUCUGAUCCCGAGCAAGAGACGGAGGUUGUAUUGCAGGCCGAUAAGUCAGCUUUCAAGGCAAAGAAGGUGGGGGUGCCAACGCCCAUCAAUUCGUCGGCGAAUGGGAACAAGAAAGGAUCGUCCAGAGCUGGCAGCCCAGCAGCUGGAACAGGCAGCAGAAUGCGCAAGGAAACGGACGCGGAUCAGAUCGACUUUAACAAGAAGAUCCUCCAUAUGAGCUGGCAUCCAUUUGAGGAUAGCAUCGCCAUUGCUGCCACAAACAAUUUGUUUGUCUUCUCGGCCCUGUAGUCCAGGUGAAGAACCCGCGAAAGAUCUGUGUUGCAGGGUCCUCCAACUCUUGCCCCGGAGGACUCCUGCAUUCUCGAGGGCGCACUAGAGGCAUUUUUGUUCAGCUUUACUUACAUAGGUGCAAGGCUGUCCCAGCUCUGCCACUACCAGCACGAUGCAGUGUGUAGUCAGACUAAUGGAUUCGUCGAACACAACGACGACGAUGCAAGCUUUUAGAGUGUCGAUACUUUCUUGGUGGUGAAGGUGUCGUUCACAUUUGUUUACUGCAAGAUAAUUGGUGACGAAAUGAUCAGGGAAGGAGUCCCAAGUCCGAUUGCUUGUGAGCAAGCAAACAGUCGACUGGCAAACGCAGGCCAGUCCUUCUUGGAUUCUUUCGAUCGACUUUGUUCGACAGCAUUGCUUGUAAUCAGCUUAGACGACACGGACGGUUAGCUGGGAACGAAGCUUGUCAAAAUGCUCUCAUGGUCCGACACUCUGGAUGGAUGGGACCAAAUGCAUGUGUCAAAUCUUGGGGAGGGCUUUCCUGCUACGAACUCAAGCUUGGAGCGGCUGUGGCUAGGACAGUGGCUAAAUCGACACACUCCGGAAUGAAACGCUCGCAGCAGUCCCAGCCAUAGAACAGCUGGACUGAGGAAGUGGUUUUAGCUAAGAAUUAAAAAAAGCAGAUCGAAAAAGGGGUUGACAGAUUAUUGGGCUGAGAAGUAGAAACACAAAUGUGAAAUGCUGUGAAAAACUUGUA